AUGAUGGCGUGGAGGUUGAGGAUGGAGUUGUUGGCGUUGGUGUUGUUGAUGCUGGACAUCUGGAGACGACUUGAUCGAUGUGUCUGCGGCGGCUUCAUCAUCGCCACCACUACCGCCUGUCAUUGUCUGAUGCUUGUUCUUGUUCUUCCAAUCCUCUUCAGUGUGUUGAGAAAUGACUUCUUGUUCUCCGUGGUCGAAGAGGCCGCCGCAGAGGAUGGCGAAGGCGGGGAUGCAGGAGAUGCCGGCGUAGUCUGUGGUGUGACCGAGACUGGCGCCUGUUGCUCGCCACUGUUCCUCGAUGAAUGGUGGCCUGCUGUCCAAUGA